UCUUUCCUUGUAGUGGAUCAAUAACUGCAUAGGAAGAAAAAAUUACAAAAGGUUCUUCAUCCUCAUGGUGUUUGCUCUUCUCUUGCUUAUUCUGCAGUGGGCUGUUGGGAUGCUUGUGCUGAUACUGUGUUUUGUUGAGAGAAGGAGAUUUUCUGCUGAAAUUGUUUCAAAGCUGGGUAGUAGCUUUUCCUUGGCACCCUUUAUCAUUGUGGUGGCUGUGUGCACUUUAUUAGCCAUGGUUGCUACUCUUCCAGUUGCACAACUUUUCUUCUUCCAUAUUCUUUUAAUAAAAAAGGGAAUCAGCACCUAUGAUUACAUUAUUGCUUUGAGGGAGCAAGAUCAGGAGCAGGAGCAACUUGCUGUUGGUGGGCAGCAAAGUCCGCAAAUGUCCCAAGUGAGCUCUUUUACUGGACUAAGCAGCACCAGUUCUUUCAAUCAAUUCCAUCGCGGUGCAUGGUGUACUCCGCCAAGAUUAUUCCUUGAGGAUCAGGUAUCAUACUUUCAUUAUUUAGAAAGUUAUUGUGAAUGUAAUUUACCAUGGUUCGAUGGAGGCAAUGCUGAGAGCUUGAGAGACGCCUUCGAAAUUCCUUCUGAUCAUCAGAUCGUUCUGCCUUCCCUCUCCGAUCGGCCCAAUUCUCCGCCAACCAGAUCUGAAGUCAUGUUGUGCGCGCGUCUGUCCGGCCAAGCAAAGCUCAAGGACGUUGCGAUCAAUGUGACUGCUAUUGAAGAACUAGCGAGCCGCGGAUUGCAGCCAGUAAGCUCACACGAAGAGCCCCAGGAUGAGAGCGAUGCGAUGCCUAUCUUGGGGAGCAGCGGCGAGGCCAGCCAUGCGCCGAGUGGAGGAGCCACCACGGGAUCACAGCCUCCAUCCGAGCGGCGUCCGAUCAUCCCGGUUGAGGAGCCAUCGAGCUCGACCUCCUUUGAUGUAACACUGAACAAGCACAAGAGGCACCGAGCAGAGCCUUCAUCGCGCUUUGCUACUUCAGGUGCGUUGUCUGCCAAGCGGGUCGAAACUUCGACCCCGACUCCGCUUCAAACGGCGGCCUCCGUGUCGUUUGAUCGGACGCCCUCCUUGGCUGAUCUGCCACAGGGGACUUUUGUCACGCCACCAGUGGCCUUCAUGUCAUCGCCUUCAAAGCCCUCUAAGGUAAAAAAAAGUCCAACAUCCAUCCGGCAUCCUCCUUCCGACCAUCCGGCCGAGCAACCUCGGCUCAAUCGUCCCUAA